AUGGACACCCCUGGUUUUCCUUCAUCGGCCCCCACCGCCUGGGAGCCUGGGAACACCUCCUCGGCCUGGCCCCCGGAUGUCGCCCUGGGGAACGUGUCCGCGGCCCCGAGCGUGGCGGGGCUGGCCGUCAGCGGUGUCCUGAUCCCUCUGGUCUACCUGGUGGUGUGCGUGGUGGGCCUGCUGGGCAACUCGCUGGUCAUCUACGUGGUCCUGCGGCACACGGCCAGCCCGUCGGUCACCAACGUCUACAUCCUCAACCUGGCGCUGGCCGACGAGCUCUUCAUGCUGGGGCUGCCCUUCCUGGCGGCCCAGAACGCCCUGUCCUACUGGCCCUUCGGCUCCCUCAUGUGCCGCCUGGUCAUGGCCGUGGACGCCAUCAACCAGUUCACCAGCAUCUUCUGCCUCACGGUCAUGAGCGUGGAUCGCUACCUCGCCGUGGUCCGUCCCGCCUGCUCCGCCCGCUGGCGCACGGCGCCCGUGGCCCGCACGGUGAGCGUGGCCGUCUGGGUGGCCUCGGCCGUGGUGGUGCUGCCCGUGGUGGUCUUCUCGGGUGUGCCCCACGGCAUGAGCACCUGCCACAUGCAGUGGCCCGAGCCGGCGGCCGCCUGGCGCGCGGGCUUCAUCAUCUACACGGCCGCGCUCGGCUUCUUCGGGCCGCUGCUGGUCAUCUGCCUCUGCUACCUGCUCAUCGUGGUCAAGGUGCGCUCGGCCGGGCGGCGGGUGCGGGCGCCCUCGUGCCAGCGGCGGCGGCACUCGGAGCGCAGGGUCACGCGCAUGGUGGUGGCCGUCGUGGCGCUCUUCGUCCUCUGCUGGAUGCCCUUCUACGUGCUCAACAUCGUCAACGUGGUGCGCCCGCUGCCCGAGGAGCCCUCCUUCUUCGGCCUCUAUUUCCUGGUGGUGGCGCUGCCCUAUGCCAACAGCUGUGCCAACCCCAUCCUCUACGGCUUCCUCUCCUACCGCUUCAAGCAGGGUUUCCGCAGGGUCCUGCUGCGGCCUUCCCGCCGCGUGCGCAGUCAGGAGCCUUCUGCCGGGCCUCCGGAGAAGACCGGGGAGGACGAGGGGGAGGAGGACGGCGAGGAGGCGGCAGGGGGGCAGGGGCAGGGGAAGGAGAUAAACGGCCGGGUCAGCCUCAUCGCACGGCCUGGCACCGGCGGGCAGGAGCGGCCGCCCAGCGGCACGGCCAGCAAGCAGAGGCAGUUCCUGCCCCGAGAGCCCGCAGCCGGGGGCAAGCUGGGCGCACUGCACGCCAGCUGUCUGUAG